CUACGUGAUUCUUGCAAAUGUCCCAUUUGUGUCGAUCCGCACUCGAAGCAACGCAACUUCCGGACGUCGGACAUCCCAAACGAGAUCCAACCGCGCAAUAUCGAGUUUGACGGCAAGGAAAUAAUCGUUCAAUGGAACAAUGACAUUCCUGGCUAUGAUGCAUCCCAUACUUCAAGAUACGACAUAAACACUCUUAUAGUUCCGGUCAAGUCAACGACAAAGCUCAUCGCUGCAUCGAGGCCGCGUCGGACUUGGGAUCGGGAAUGGAUGAACAAGUCACAGUUCUGGAUCUCGUACGACGACUAUAUGAAUAACGAAGUCCAGUUUGCGACUGCGAUGCGGAAUCUAUGUGACACUGGACUCAUCUUUGUCAAGGAUAUCCCCGAUUCCCGUGAGGAGGUCAAGAAGCUGGCCACGCGCAUGGGUCCGCUCCGGAACACAUUUUACGGCCCAACAUGGGAUGUGCGCAGUAUUCCCAAGGCCACGAACGUGGCUUACACAAACCAAUUCCUUGGCUUUCACAUGGACUUAAUGUACAUGCGCGAGCCCCCGGGCUAUCAGCUUCUCCAUUGCUUGGAAAACUCAUGCGACGGAGGCGAAUCGAUGUUUUCGGACGGUUUCCACGCGGCCAAAACAAUUUACAAGAUGGGAACGGAUUUGUUUGAUGUUCUUACCGACGUUCAACUUUGCUACGAGUACAACCACGAGGGCGCCAUAUAUCACAACCGCUGGCCGGUAAUCGAGACCACAACCAUGAGGCACCCUACAGAGUUUCCACCGAUUCGGCAUGUCAACUACUCCCCUCCGUUCCAGGGCCCCAUACAUUCUCGACACGUUGGGAGGAACUACCACGAAUUCAAGAAGUUCAGAAAGGCUCUCAAAAUUUUCUCUGAGCUCCUCGAGCGCGGGGAAAACACCUUCGAACUGAAGUUAGAGCCCGGCCAGUGUGUCAUUUUCGAGAAUCGUCGGGUCGUCCAUGCCCGGAGACAAUUCAAUACUGCUGUCGGUCAGCGCUGGCUUGCGGGUGCCUAUGUCGAUGAAGACUGCCUGUGGUCUCGGUUCCGGCGGAGUAUCCGUGACUAUCCUGAGGCUUGG